AUUCCUCCCGCCAAGUCCCCCCACUGCCAUUUGCCUGGUGCACACCCUAGUAGCUGCAGAAACUCUUCUGCACCACAUCUUCUGUGCAGCUUGGGGGGGGGAUUCCCAGCCGGAGCUGUCUGAGAGACAGAGUGAGAGGGAGAGCAAAGAGGAGAGGGAGAGAGUAGCUCCAGCAGCCGACGCCGAAGCUCUGCCCACUCUAUUGCAAUUGUGGGCACAGCGGGCAACAGAAGGGACCCCAAACGGGCUCAUGGAGACACGUCGAGGCCCGGCUGGGAUCCUUUGCACUUUGUGAGGCUUCUGGUCAGGUGGGAGUAGAUGGAUGUGAAGCACGGCCAGCUGCCCACGGGUGGCUUCGAGCAUCUGCAGCUGAAGGGUCGCCUGGAGCCACCCGGCCUGGCAGUCACUCGCAUGGGCAGCACCGUCUACAGCACCGUGCAGCAGCAAGACUACUCAGCCAGCGUGUGGCUCAGCAGGAGGGACAAGCUCGAGCACUCUCAGCAGAAAUGCGUGGUGAUCUUCGCACUAGUGUGCUGCUUCGCCGUCCUGGUGGCCCUGAUUUUCUCUGCUGUGGACAUUUGGGGGGGAGAUGAGGACGGCAUCACAGAGGACAACUGCAGCACCGAAUGUCGGAUAGUCCUUGUGGAGAAUAUUCCUGAGGACAUCACUUUUUCAGAAAAUGGCACAAGCAGCAUACCUCUCUCUGUGGGUCUGCACAAACUCCUGGACCUGGCCACCCGCUCAGUUGAGAUCGUCUCUUCCCACUGGGCCCUGACCUCAGCGGACCUCGAGUCUGGUUUUCCGGGUGCUGAACAGGGUCACUAUUUGUUUCAGCGACUCCUGGACCUCAAGUCCCACCAGAUCAGCCUGAAAGUGGCCAGCGGUCUCACCAAUUCCACAGAGCUGCGGAAACUGUCAAACAAAGGUGCGGAUGUGCGCUAUCUGAACAUGAGCGCUCUGACGAGGGGCCGCCUCCACUCUGCUUUCUGGGUCGUGGACCGGCAGCACAUUUACAUCGGCAGUGCCAACAUGGACUGGCGCUCACUCUCCAAGAUGAAGGAGCUUGGAGUCGUCUUGUACAACUGCAGUUGCCUGGCGCUGGACCUGCACAGAGUGUUCAGCUUGUAUUCUCAGCUGCAGUAUAAGGACUAUCUGCCAUCCAUCUGGUCCAAGAGGCUGACUGGCCUGUACAACAAGGACGAUGUCCUCAAACUGCAGCUCAAUAGCACCAAGGCUGAGGUCUAUGUGUCUAGCUCCCCGGAUGCUUUCUGCCCCAAAGACCGGACCAGAGACAUUGACGCCAUAUCCCAUGUAAUCCAGGAGGCCAAGCGGUUCAUCUACAUAUCCAUCACCGAUUACCUGCCACUCAUCAACAGGAGCCUGUACAGAUACUGGUCGCGUAUCGACGAGAUGCUCCGGGAAGCUUUGAUCCUGAGAGCCAUCAAGGUGCGCCUCCUGAUCAGCUGCUCGAAGCAGACACACCCCCUGACCUUUAACUUUGUGUGGUCCCUGAAGACACUGUGCAUGGAGAUGGCCAAUUGCACACUGCAGGUGAAAUUCUUUAAUCCCAGGGAACAGAAGGAUGGUACCCAAAUUGGAAUUAAUCACAACAAGUUCAUGGUGACUGAUAGCUCAGUGUAUAUAGGCAACUUUGACUGGGUGGGGAAUGAGUUUCUGUACAACGCGGGUGUAGGACUAGUGAUCAGCCAGCCAGAGGGAGUGGAGGAGAGGAACACCACCAUCGUGGAGCAGGUGAAAGCGGCCUUUGAGAGGGACUGGUACUCCCGCCACACCAAGAGCCUGCAGGCCAACAAGAUCCCCGAGUGUGGCAAACCCAGAGCUGGCCAGCCAGUCGCUCUCAAGGCCCAGAUGGACGUCGUGGAGGGCAGAGACACCAGCAACGCUUCUCUCUGAUCCCUGGCUUUUAAUCACACGCCAGUGGCCAGUGUCUACAGGCCAUGGAGAGCAAAAACCAUCCUGAAAGUUCAUACAUAAGACCACUCUGUAAAACCCACUUCCACACAAGAUUAAUUUAUUUUAAUAGCUCAGUGACGUGCUUAAUUUAGGAGGAUUUGUGAUGUUUUCCUUGCCCUUAAUGAAGCAUUUCAAAAUUAAAUAAUAAAACCAGAGUUCUCUUUGACAAACCAAAGAAGGGCAUUUAAGAUGGUUUAUUUGUUUCCUAAGUUUAAAAUUCACUUAGGAAUCAAACUUUUUUUGACAUGUAACACAGAUUCAGUAAUAAGUUGUUCAUUAAACAGCUAUAAUUCAAUAUAAAGAACCAUUUCAAAUAACGGAACAGGUCUGCCAUUAUUGCAUAAAAUACAAUUUUAGUUUGAGAUUCAUCAACGGUGCUCUAAGCAGAUCCAAUUUUUGAAGUGUUAAUAUUUCCAGGCAGAAAGCAUUGGGUAAUAAACAAAGUAAAGUGCUUUUCCAUCCCCAAGACCCCUUUGUUGUCAAGAUUAAAUUAGUGAAAGGGGAGGUUUGGUCUGACAGUGGAUUUUUCACUAAAAAACACCUGAUCAAAUAAAAGUGGUUGUAAAGGCAAUCGA